UCCAACACCGGUAAAAAUUAAUUAGUAAAUAACAUUUUGCCACAAAUGUCUUCAAAGCCGUCUAUAUCAGGACUUCCUCAUGGAAUGCCCAAUCCAGAUGCAAUAUUCCAGUCUUGGUGGCCAAUAAUUAUCGCCUUGGUUGGAGGGUUAAUCUACGGUUUAAGACAAUACUUCAGAGGAGCUCGUUGCACCAGUGCUACCAAGUUGGUCGGUAAAGUAGCUGUGAUUACUGGUGGUAAUGGGGGCAUAGGGAAGUAUAUAGCAGAAGACUUUGCUAAGAGAGGUGCAAAAGUGUAUCUGGCCUGUAAGGAUGAAAAGAAUGGGACAGAAGUAGCGAAUGAGCUCAAGAAAAAAACUGGGAAUGAUAAGAUUGUGUGCCUGAAAUGUGACCUUGCAUCUUUCAAAUCAGUUCAAAGCUUUACAGAUGCAUUUAAGAAAAAGGAAGAAAAUCUACACUUUCUUAUAAACAAUGCUGGAAUAAUGAUGCAUCCACAGCUUACGACAGAGGACAAGUUUGAAAUCCACUUCCAGGUGAACUAUUUAGGUCAUGCGCUGCUCACCCAUCUGCUGAUGGCCACUCUAAAGAGGUCCGGGCCAUCACGCAUCGUCAUGACAACAGCGCCUGCCUACCAACUGGCGCAUAUUGACCUUGAGGACAUUAAUUGGGAGCAGAAGGAGUACAACUGCGCAGGCCUGUAUGCCCAAAGCAAGCUGGCCUGCGUCCUCUUCACAAAAGAGUUUGCCAGGCGGUCUAAAUUGGAAGAGCAUGGUAUCGCUAUGAACUGCGUGAUACCAGGGGUAGUGAGAACGGGGAUUCAUAGGCACAUGCCCUUCCGCCAGAGCGCCUUUGUGGCUUUGACAUUUGCCCCGUUUCUCUGGUUCCUCAUGAAACACUCAGAAGACGGCGCUCAAACCACAAUCUUCUGUUGUCUUGCCGAUGCUGUUACCACUGUCUCUUCUGGAUUUCUUUACAAGGAGUGUAAAAGAGAGCUCUACUCGGAGAAUGUUAAUGAUGAAGUAGCUGAACAAGCCCAGCAGAAACUGUGGGAUCAAACACUGAGCUGGCUCAAGGUCAAGGAAUUUGGAGAAGAAUAGUCACUGAAUGUUGUUGUAUUUAAUCAUUAAAAACAUGUGCGCCAGAAUACAUUACAGACCAAAUUGCUACUUACAUGUAGGUAGGAAUUUGUUUAUUAUGCCCCCCGUAGGAUGGCAUAUAGCAGUUGAACUGUCCGUCCGUCCGAAAACGUUAAAAUUGGCCAUAACUUUUGCAAUAUUGAAGAUAGCAACUUGAUAUUAGGCAUGCAUGUGUAUCUCAUGAAGCUACACAUUUUGAGUGGAGAAAGGUCAUGGUCAAAAGUCAAAAAAUACAUUUUAAGGGAAGUAAUAAAAAGCUUUCAAAGGGGAUAAUUUCUAAACCUGCCAAAUGAUAUAAUGACAUUUUAUUUCAAAGCGGCGAAAUAGGGGACAUUGUGUUUCUGACAAACACAUCUCUUGUUUUGUAAAAAGUCAGCUUUAAACAUGAAACUCUAUGGAUAUCAUAGGAUAAAUUUUGCUGUUUUAGAGAGAUCAUCUUUUAUUUCAUGCUUAAUGAAUGGAGAAUACUAAUGAAUAGUAACCAUAAGAAUUUAUUCCAGCUCUUGUAAAAUGAGAUGUUUAAUUAUUUCUCUCUGGUUUGGAAUCAAGUUUUUGAGACUUUAUUUGGUUUUUAUUUCACGACAGAUAAAAUACAAAUGGUUAGUGUAAAAUUACAUAUUUACAAUGUAACAUAAUUAUUUUUAAAGGGACUGUCAACCACGAAGACGAAGAAAAGUAAAGUUGUAAAAUACCGUAUUUUUUACAAUUAUUAGUUUAUAUUGAUCAAAAUAUCACAACUGGUAUAUUACAUUACUUGAAAAAAGUUGUCAAUUUUUCAUAUUUUCAGUAUAUUCGGUAAUAAAUUUGACUGGGUACAUGUAUGUCUACCAGGUAACUUCCAGUUAACUAUAAAUAAAGCCAGUAGAUUGAUCAUCAUUGUCACGUGGAAAACCCAGGAAUGCAAUUUGUGCAUGCGUAGUGAAUUGUAUAUAUUUUAUAAAUUAAAUGAUCAAUUUACUUGCAUUAUUUAUAGUUUGUAUAUCGUUAUGUCACCUAUUUUCGCGAUGUACUUUCGAUUUCACAUCGCAAACGUUUAUUACAGAAUAUACUGAAAAUAUGAACUUUUUUCAAGUAAUGUAAUAUACCAGUCAUGA